UGCUAAUGUGCACGAUAAACUUCAAUAACCUCGAAGUGCUUAAAUUAUUGAGAAUUAAGAUAUUUUAGAAUUUAGAUUUAGAUAAGAUUAAAGAUUAGCUGCGGAGCUCUUGACUUACAUGUAUAAAAUUUGACAAAUGACUAACACAUCUUUUGUAUAAGUAAACUGUGAAUGAUACUUGACGUUUGUAAUUUGUUGUUCCAAUCACGAAAAAGAACAGAAAACUUACAAUAAGUUUGUUAGUUAUAUUUUUCAUUAAAUAUAGAGUUAAUUAUAUAAUUAAAAAUGUUGUGUCAUCGAAAAUCUGAUAAAAUGGGAGAAGAUACCAAAAUAUCUAUCAAUUUAACUAUCAAGAAAUUUUUAGAAAACAAAGAUCAUAACGAAUUUGAAUUUCCAUCUUCAUAUACUGCAAAAGAAAGGGCGUUCAUUCAUUCUCUAGCUAGAAAAGUGGGUUUGAAGUCAAAAAGUCGCGGUCGUGGGGCAAACAGAUUUUUAACCAUAUACAAAAGAGAAGGUUCAACUAUUGUUCAGAAAGAUGCCUCUAUUAAACUUCAAAAAGUAUCCAGACAGACAAUUUUUAAUUUGAUCAAAAGAUUUCCAUUAGACAACAAAGAGCGUCGUGACUUGUUGCCGCCAAUAGAAAGAGAAAGGUCUAUUGAUCAUGAUGUAAAUAAUUGUUGUAGAGCUAUGGGCAGAUUAAACAAUAGCAUACCACAAGUUCCAUCCUUGAAAACUAACGCAGAUGUGUUAAAUUUUCGUAAUUCAUUAACUGUAGUAUCCAAAAAGAAGGAAUUACUGGACAUGAUUGAAAAUAAUUCUUGUGUAGUCAUAAUUGGUGAAACAGGAUGUGGGAAAACAACUCAAAUUCCUCAAUUCAUUUUAGAAGAUUAUCAACAAAAAAAACAACCAUGUAGAAUAAUUUGCACUCAACCACGGCGAUUAUCUGCAGUUUCUGUUGCAGAAAGAGUAGCUUUUGAAAGAGAUGAGAAAAUUGGUCAAACUGUUGGUUAUCAAAUAAGACUAGAAAGUAGAGUUGCACCUAAAACACUUUUGACAUAUUGUACUCAUGGAGUCUUAUUAAGAACCCUUAUGGGUGAUGAUUCUGCUUUAGCUAUGAUUACACAUAUAGUUGUUGAUGAAAUUCAUGAACGUGAUCGGUUCUGUGAUUUUUUACUAAUUGCUUUAAAAGAUGCAGUUGCCAAGUAUAGGACAUUGCGAGUUAUUUUAAUGAGUGCUACAAUAGAUCCUUCUAUUUUUGUUGAUUAUUUUAACAAAUGCCCGUUAAUUAGUAUACCUGGAAAAUCCUUUAAUGUUGAUGUUUUUUAUUUAGAAGACAUAUUAAAAAUGACUAACUAUAUUACAAUAGAAUUAUCAAGACAAAAAGACUCUUUGAUAGCAGAUCAAAAGAACUCUUCAAUUUCUUGCAAUGAAGAAAAGUUAUUUCUUAGCAGUAAUAAAGAACAUCAUUUAGUAACUUUAAAGAAAGAAGAUGAAUUUAAAUCCCAUCAAAUUGAAUUAGACUAUUGGGUUAUUGAAGAAUUGGAUAAGUUAAUAAAUAAAGCAUGGUUAUCAGGAAAAGAAAGUGAAUUCAUUGAAAUACUUAAUUUGAUGCACUCAGAAAAUAUAUCAAUUAACUAUCAACAUUCUCAUACCUCUGUUACAUUAUUAAUGAUUUCAGCUGGCAGAGGAUCAACAAAAGUAGUAGAAAAGCUCCUAAAAUAUGGAGCAAACUUGAAUUUGAGAUCUUGUAAUAACUGGACAGCAUUAGAUUGGGCUCAGAAUAUGAAUCAAUCUGCAUGUAUUCAAUUAAUUGAAAUGCAUGUGAAGAAAUGUGAUUCAAUGUUAGUAAAAAAUGAUAACUUGCAAUCUGAAAAUUGUACCUUUGUUGAUGAAAGUCAACGGUUAUUAGAGGUUUAUAAUCAAAUAUAUAAUAGUGAAGUUAUCAAUUAUGAUUUAAUUUUGAAGUUACUUUUAAAUAUUCAUUUAAAUACGUCUACUGGAUCGAUUUUAAUAUUUUUACCAGGUUAUGAUGAUAUAAUAACAAUGAAAGAGAAAAUAAUUGCUGAGAGUAAACUACUCCAAGCUAGUAGAUACAAUUUAUUUAUUUUACAUUCUAAUAUGCAAACCAGUGAUCAAAAAAGGGUGUUCAAACCAACCAACCAAGGAUCAAGAAAAAUCAUAUUGUCUACUAAUAUUGCAGAAACUAGUAUUACUAUUGAAGAUGUCGUUUAUGUUAUUGAUUCUGGUAAAAUAAAAGAAAAAUCAUUUGAUGCUAUAUCUGGUAUUUCAACUCUUCGUGCAAAUUGGAUUUCACAAUCAUGUGCUGAGCAAAGAAAAGGGCGUGCUGGCAGAUGCCAAAAAGGUGUUUGUUAUAGAUUAUACUCAUCUAUUCAAUACAAUUAUAUGCAAUUAUAUCAGACACCAGAAAUUUUAAGAUUGCCUUUACAUGAACUUUGUCUUUAUUCGAAACAAUUAACAUCUACCAAUACACCUAUAGCUGAAUUUUUGGAAAAAGCUAUAGAACCGCCUUCCAAUAUUGUAACAAGAAACGCUGUGCAAUUCUUAAAAACAAUUGAUGCAUUAGAUCCUUGGGAAGAUGUAACUGAACUGGGAUGUCAUCUUCUUGAUUUGCCUAUAGAACCACGUUUGGGUAAAAUGUUACUCUAUGCAGUAGUUUUGAAAUGCUUGGAUCCCAUUUUGACAAUUGCAUGCAGUUUGGCAUACAAAGAUCCAUUUAUUAUACCUACUUCAUCGUCCCAGAAACAAGCUGCUUUGUCUGCACGUAAAGAAUUUGCUGCUUCGUCAUAUUCUGAUCAUAUGGCUCUUUUGAGAGCUUUUCAAGUUUGGCAAAAUGCAAGAGCUAAUGGAUGGGAAAAAUUGUUCUGUGAAAAACAUUUCGUUUCUGCUGCUGUAAUGGAAAUGAUUGUUGGAACUAGAACUCAAUUGUUGGGACAAUUACGAGCUUCAGGUUUUGUUAAAGCAAGAGGACCUGGAGACAUUCGAGACUUGAAUUCUAAUUCUGAAAAUUGGGCAGUUGUAAAAGCAGCUUUGACCGCUGGCAUGUACCCAAAUUUAUUGAGAGUAGAUCGCCAGCAUUCGCAACUUCGAUCUCAAAAAGAAGUUGAAGUAAACUUUCAUCCAUCCUCCACAUUGAAAGAUUUUUCGAAGACCUGCAAUAAAAUAGAUGCUAAACUCGUCAGCUCUUUACCUUGUGAAUGGAUAAUUUAUGAAGAAUUAAGUCGAUCUGGACGUCUCUGUCUCGCCAAAACAGUAACAUUAGUUAAUUCUAUCACUGUAGCAUUAUUUUGCGGCCCAACUCGAUUACCAAUGGACGUCAUACAAGAAGCAGAGUCUAUUCCUGAAAGUGAAUCUGAUUCAGAAGCUGAUGAAAGUAAUGAGGGUACUACCAUUUUAAAACUAGAUGAUUGGAUUGCAUUUAAACUUGAUAGUUCUACUGCUCAACUCAUUUUACAUUUACGACAAAAAUGGAAUGCCUUGUUUCUUCGACGUAUGAAGAAUCCAAAUAAAGUAAUGACUCAGCAUGAUGAACAAGUUAUCAAAACAUUAACAACUGUUAUAACAAAUGAAGAGCAAGCGUUAGGCUUACAACAGCCAUUAGGAAUUGGUCAAAGACCACGUCCUUUACUGGUUGAUUAUUAUCCUGCAACCAAUAAGCGAUCGGAAGAUUGAAAUUUGAUAUCGUUGUAACUCAAACCUAAAGCAUGUAACAUGAUUUUCAAAAUUCAUUUGCAUACACAUUUUUAAUUAUAAUUGCGUUGUGAUAUUUAAUGAUAAUUGUAAACAUCGAAGUUACUGUAUUAUGUUAUUGCAUUUUUAUAAAUUUU